AUGUUCCAAGCGGACCGUCGUGACUUGGCCUGCCAGCCGCUCCAGUUGGCUGCGCCGAAGGAGCAGGCCCACAGCUGCCUAGUUAAGGUUCCGGAUCCUGAUCGUCAGGACAUGCAGUUCCCGGACAUCUGGCUGCGUGACAAUUGCCGCUGCAAGGAGUGCUACUUGCCGCAGACUUUGAGUAGAUUGCCCCAGUUGUGGAACAAUCUGGACACCAGUGUUCGGGUCCUGCGCCAGAGCAUUGAUGUGGAUCAGGAGGUCCUGGAUAUCGAGUGGUCCGAUGGACAUGCCUCCCGGUAUCCUUUCAGUUGGCUGAGGGAGCGGGACUUCUCGUCGGCCAAUCGUCAGCGUUAUCUUCGCGACUUCUACCGCCCGGAACAGAAAUUGUGGAGCGGCCUGGACUUUGAGCACAUCCGAGAAGUUUUCUAUUACCAAGACUUGAUUACCUGUGAUUCGACGCUGCAGCAAUGGCUCUACCAUUUGGCCACUUUCGGAGUGGCUCUGGUGAAGAAUGCCCCCCUGGAAAUGGAUGUGCUGCGGCGGUUGUCCAAUCGAGUGGGCUUUAUGAGACGCACCACCUACGGGGAGGAGUUCAGUGUGCGGGCUCAGCCGGGAGCCAGCAACUACGCCUAUUUGGCAGCACCUCUUCCCCUGCACACUGACAUGCCCUACUUCGAAUACCUGCCCGGAGUGACCAUGCUGCACACCCUGGAGCAGUCGGCCUCUCCGGGAGGGGUCAAUCUGCUUACCGACGCCUUCUAUGUGGCAGAGGUGAUGCGGGAGCGAUACCCGGAGCAGUUCCGGGUCCUCUGCCAGACUCCUGUGGAUUGGGCGGACAUCGGAAGCGACGGCGAUUUGCAAUUCCACAAUAUCUGGAGGGCACCUGUUAUUAACUUGGACGCCGAGGGGCGAUGUGUGCGCAUCAACCACAGCAUUCCGCAGCGCGACAGCCACUUCAGCGUGCCGGUGGAGCAGGUGCGUCCCUGGUACGAGGCGAUGGCCACCUUUGUGGGCCUGGCCCACGAGCACUCGAGCAGAUUCAAGACCACGCCCGGCGACGUGCUCACGUUCGACAAUUUGCGCCUGGUCCACGGACGAACCGGCUACGACGACACGGACCGCAAUGUGCGGCACAUCCUGGGCGCCUUCGUCGACUGGGACAUCGUGUACUCGCGGCUGAGGGUCCUGCGGAAUGCCACCCCACCUGAUGCUCCUUAG